AUGCGGCUGUUCGUGCGCGACCUUGCGGGCCGUGCGCUGCCCGUCGAGGCGGCCGCCGACGCGAGCGUGGACGGCCUGAAGCAGCAGCUCGCCGCCGAGCUGGCGGUGCCGGCGGCAGAGCAGCGACUGCUCUUCGGCGGUCAGGCGCUCGAGGGCGACGCGCGGCUGGGCUCCUGCGGGCUCCAGGAUGACUCCACCGUGUUCCUCUCGCUGGAGCUCUCCGGGGGCGGCAAGAAGCGGAAGAAGAAGACGUACACCAAGCCCAAGAAGAUCAAGCACAAGCGCAAGAAGGUUAAGCUGGCAGUGCUCAAGUUCUACAAGGUCGACUCGAGCGACAAAGUGUCCCGCCUCAGGCGCGAGUGCCCCCACGAGCUCUGCGGUCCUGGCGUCUUCAUGGCCAUGCACUUCAACCGGUACUACUGCGGCAAGUGCCACCUCACCUACCUCAUCAAGAAGGGCGACGGCGACUGA